AUGUCCAACGAUACUGAGAUGCAAGAUGCGACCGGCGGCGCUGAGGUGAACGGUGCCGGAGAGGACUUCGCUUUCGAGAAGCAACGACUGCGACUGUUGCCCGGUUCAACGACGACAGCCGCAUCAUUUGCGUUUGAGAAAGAAGACCAUACACUUGGCAACGCGCUAAGAUAUAUGAUCAUGAAGAACCCCGACGUCGAAUUCUGCGGCUACUCCAUCCCACACCCUUCAGAAGCCGUCAUGAACCUGCGCAUCCAGACAUGGGACGGCGUCAGUGUUUUUGACGUGCUCCGCAAAGGUCUGGAAGAUCUUGCGGAUCUUUGCGAUGCGGUCGAGGAGAAAUUCACGGAGGCGAGGGAUGAGUUUAACGCUGCGAAUCCUGAGCGCAAUGCUGCCACAUGA